AUGCCGUAUUCCGUCUGUCUGUUCGUGCGUCAAAAGCAACUCGUGUUAACAACGCACCAAAAGGAGAAGAAAUUGAAGCAGCACGAUAACUACGCCAAUGUCCGUCCUGAAUUCCAAAAUGUUAAUGCUCAAAGAAGGAGGGAAGAGCAUGCUGAUAUGCUAAGGCAACGACAUGUAGAACGGGAACGGGUAAGACAAGCUCAACGGCGUAGACAAGCACAGGCUGCACGACAAAUGGUAAGACGUGCAGCUCAAAAUGUUCAGCAAGCUAUUGUACGUCAACAAGUGGAUCAACGUCAUCAGGUAAAUAGAGCUAAUGAAUUGCCCCAUCAAGCUGCAGCAAGACGUAUAGCUGAUCUUUUACGUCAUCGCUUAGCUAGGGCUGCUAAUAGAGCAAAUCUACGUGUUCAGCACCCACAUGUACACAUAGAAAAUGAAUUACCCCAACAGGCUGCAGUAAGACGUAGAGCGGAUGUUUUGCGUCAUCGAGUGAGUUUAAUAGAGUAUGUCAGCAUUGUGGAGCUAUUAAAUUUAAUAAUGAAAAUUAUUUUAAGUGUUGUCACAAUGGCAAAGUCCCUGCCUGACAUAUUACAAUUUCCUGCUGAAAUACGUGAAUUGUUAAGCAACGACUCUGCCCAACUAAACAGUUUCGCAAGUAUAUCAGAGUAUACAAUAAUGGAUUUAGUUUUGCUUCUUUGUCAGCAAACAUUCGACCACCGCCAGGUCGUGGACCCCCCUGUUUUAGAAUAUGUGGUCAAUUAUUUUACAGAGGCUGCAGCUGCCUUAAACAUGCGCAUUGAGAAUCCAACACAUGCUCAUUGUAAUCGUGAAACAAUGCAGAUAAUUCAAGAUGUUCUUAACAGGGAUUCUUCCUAUGCUGAAGCUUAUAGAAAUAUGGCUGAAGUGGAACGUGAAGAAACAGCCAGAGCAGCAGCAGAAAACAGACACCCUUCUGUUGUAAGUAUGGUAAUGCGUGAGGGUAAUGAUCGCAGAAGGUAUAAUGCACCCUUGCAUCAGGAAGUUGCUGCCAUCUUCGUUGGUAAUGAUGGGGCACCUCCUGCUGCAAGAGAUAUCGUUGUUUAUCCACGUAAUCAACCUUUGCGGCGAAUUUCUUAUACAUCAUGCAAUAUUGAUCCUAUGAUGUAUCCUAUUUUAUUUCAACGUGGUGAGCCGGGUUGGGACCCAAACAUGGCCCACGUCAGGGAGCAUGCAACUGCAGUUAGAAACAGGCUAACCCAGUUGCAAUAUUAUACUUACCGCAUUGCUAUUAGGCGAGAAUUUUCUGCCCUUCAUCUAACAGUUGAAGGUCAACGGCUUGCAUUUAUUCGCCAAAAUCAAAACCAGCUUCGAGCAGACUCCUACCAAGGCCUCCUGGAUUACCUCCAAAAUGCUGCAGAUCAACGUAACUUACAAGCAGGUAAUGUUGUUGUCUUACCAUUUACAUUUUCUGGCGCACCCCGUAACAUGCAUCAGUUGUACCUUGAUGCAAUGGCAUUUGUUUCAAAGAAAGGUAAGCCAGAUUUGUUCUUGACUUUUAAUUGCAAACCCAAAUGGCCAGAAAUUGUUAUUAAUUUGUUACCUGGUCAAUCUGCUUCCGAUAGACCAGAUUUGGUUGCAAGGGUGUUUAAAUUAAAAUUACUUGCUUUGAAAAAAAACUUAAAAGACGGUGUAUUAAAUGUUCUGUGUGCACACUUUAAAUUACGAAAUGCUGAUGAUAUUGACUCAUUAAUUUGUGCACAGAUUCCGGAUCAAAACCAAGAUGCUGAACUGUAUGAUAUAAUGUAUGAUCCAUGGGCAAUGUGGCCACCUUAA